CACAACUUCUAAUCUCUCAUACAUUAAAUAAAAAUAAAAAUAAAAAACAAUUUUUUUCCAUUGAAUAAAAAAAGAAGAAGAGAAUUUUGAAGAAAGAUUGUGAAGAAUUGAUCAUGGGUGAACAAAUUCAAGGUGGGGUUUGUGGAGGAAGCUUGUGGAUAAACCCAUCGGCAAAUCUCUUCCGUUCAUCGACUUGUUCUUUGUCCUCGAUCAACGGCUCCGGGUGGCCCAGCCACGAUCCGCCGCUUGCCGCCGCACAAGCCGCUAGGUCUUUGAGCAACGACUCGGCCGGUUCAUGUUCAGAUGGACCGGGUUCAGUAGUAAUUGAUCCAGAAGUUAAACCGUCACAAGAAAACGUAUCAAUGGCCUCAACCCUUCAAAUGAUGGGAAUCAACCUUUCAUCUCACCUAAAUAUUGAUGCUAAUUGGAACCAAGAUUUUAUACAUGAAAGCGGAAAAUCAGAAGAAAAUUAUGCUCACAACUUACAACCUUCUUUGAUGGACCCAACUGGCAUAAACGAUUUCGGGCAAAACCCGGGUUUUCAGUUUAAUUCGACUCAAUUCAACUACAGUUCACCCUUGUUGCAAACUUUGUUCGACGUGGAAUCUAAUCAACUGGGCCAACAGUUGCAAAUGAACAAUCAUCAGUCGAUAAAUUACGUGUCGUCGCAAAAUUAUGUGAACCCGACAGAAUUUUGCCCUAAUUUACCUAAUAAUAAAGUUCAAAAACCGCAACAUGGUAAUAGUCACUUGCAGUUUGCGAAUAACGCGCACUUUUGGAGUUCUUCAGCUUCAAAUUUCGUGCCCUCCAGCACGGCUCAGUUUGUUCGCCCUUCUUCUCUUCAUAGCGGAAAAUCUAAUUUUCACAACCUUAGUACAAAGCAACACAUUCAAGAAAACGGCCGGGGACUAAUUUCAUCAGCAGCACAAAAGAAAGCCACCCUUGAACCGGCGAUCAAGCGUCCACGUGUCGAAAAUCCAUCACCCUUACCGGCUUUUAAGGUUCGAAAAGAGAAGCUUGGGGAUCGAAUAACAGCUCUACAGCAGCUAGUUUCCCCUUUCGGAAAGACUGACACUGCAUCAGUUCUCCAUGAAGCAAUUGAGUACAUCAAAUUUCUCCAUGAACAAGUCAGUGUGUUAAGCACUCCAUAUUUGAAAAAUGGAUCUCCUCAUCAACUGCAACAUCAACAGAUUUGGAGAUUAUUGUCUAAACCUAAUCUUUUUCUUAGCAAGGUCUUGAAAGAAAAUUACUUUCCAGUAGGCUGUGUGUUGGAGGCAAAACCAUCUCAGUCUACUUCCUGGAUGCUUCAGAAAGGGACAUUUAAGGUUGAAAGAAGAGAGGCCAAUGUGGACACAUUUACUUGGGUAAGGGAGCUGCUGCCUGAUAGAAGAUGGAACAUGGAGCUUCUCCACAAUUUAUUUACCCCUGAAACUUGUGAUGCAAUCCUGAAGAUUUGCACCUUAGAGCUUACUGCAAAAGAUAGAUGGGUGUCGUGUCUUGAGCUGAAAGGAAAGUUUUCUGUAGCCUCCACUUACUCUAAUUUUAUCUUGGAGAAAAUUCAGAGCCUAGACAGAGCAGAGAGCAGUUCCUCUUCUUUGAGGGACAAAAAUGCAAGGGACAAAGAUGUUGAAACUUGA